AUGGGUUCCAAGAGGCGAAGAGCUACCUCGCCUUCCAGCAGCGUCAGCGGAGGAGACUUUGAUGACGGCCACCACUCCACGAAUAUACCAGGCCCAAGCAGAAAGAGAAGGAGACUUUCCAAUCUCCCAACUGUAGAUCCUAUUGCUGUAUGCCAUGAACUUUACAACACCAUCAGAGAUUACAAAGAUGAACAGGGCAGGCUCCUUUGUGAGCUUUUCAUUAGGGCACCGAAGCGAAGAAAUCAGCCAGAUUAUUAUGAAGUGGUUUCUCAGCCAAUCGAUUUAAUGAAAAUCCAACAAAAGCUAAAGAUGGAGGAAUAUGAUGAUGUGAAUGUGCUGACUGCUGAUUUUCAGCUUCUCUUUAACAACGCAAAGGCUUACUAUAAGCCUGAUUCUCCUGAAUAUAAAGCUGCCUGCAAAUUAUGGGAGUUGUAUUUGCGCACAAAAAAUGAGUUUGUUCAAAAAGGUGAUGCUGAGGAGGAAGACGAAGAUGAGGAAGGACAUGACAAUCAAGGCGCAAAUUCUGAAUUAUCAUCUCCAGGUUACCUGAAGGAAAUUCUUGAACAGCUUCUUGAAGCUGUAGCUGUUGCCACAAACCCAUCAGGACGCCUCAUAAGUGAACUGUUUCAGAAACUUCCUUCUAAAGUGCAAUAUCCAGAUUAUUAUGCAAUAAUAAAGGAGCCCAUAGAUCUUAAAACUAUUGCCCAAAGGAUACAGAAUGGAACUUAUAAAAGCAUUCAUGCAAUGGCCAAGGAUAUAGAUCUUCUGGCAAAGAAUGCCAAAACCUACAAUGAGCCUGGAUCACAAGUAUUCAAGGAUGCAAAUGCGAUUAAAAAAAUAUUUAAUAUGAAAAAGGCUGAAAUUGAACACAGUGAGUUGGCCAAAUCAAGUCUCCGAAUCAGUAACAAAAGAUCAGCCCAAGGGGAUCGUUUAUCAGCAAUAACCAUGGCAUUGCAAUAUGGAUCAGAAAGUGAUGAGGAUGCAGCUUUGGCUG